CACACUUGUUCUCCUCGCUUAGUCAUCCGUUUCAUUCGGUUCGGGUAGUUCCUAGCUGUCGUUUGCAUUUUACCCGACUAACGGACAACUAACGCUUCCAAACUCUUGAAUAACGUGAAACGCAUGAAAAUGAACCUCUUUCGCCACGCAGUCAUUUUGAUCAUCGUUCAUGCAGCAGCAUUAAUUUGCGCAGCAAUGGAGUGUCCUGUUGGCGAAAAAAACAGCAUAAUUGAUAAAGUUACUGGAUCUAUUUCUCGCACAUGCCCGAGAACUUUUGAUCCGCCGGAAAAGUCUUACUGCUGUUUCGAUAUACAACGUGAAUAUAACUACUGUUGUACUGUCGAGGAGUUUGCAAAAUCUGGGUUGUCUAUGCUCAUUCUCGUGAUAAUCGGCGCAGCUAUCAUUUUUGGACUGAUAGUGUGCUGUGUAUCUUGUCUCUGCUGCAGCUGCUGCCCGUGGUAUCGUCGUCGUCACCGAGGUACCGUCUACGGAAUAUUUGUUACAGAAGUUCAGCCUCCCGUUGUGCAAGUAAUUCAACCCCAGAAUCUUCCACCAAGCUAUCCCAGUCAACCGGUCGAAAGCAAUUAUACUUCUCCAUAUCCGACGAACUCGACAGGAAUGCCACAACCGCCACCAUACACCAAUGAGGCGUAUGCAAAACAGGCUGCAUAUAAUCCCGCUUACCCAGCACCACAGUGAUCUUUCGAGUUGUAAUUAGUUAUAUAUAAUUAUCGAUGUAAGAAUAAAUCUUACAUCAGGUUCCUUAUUUUCUUCCAUUUGCAAACAAUUCUCAUCGCCGAUUCAAAUUAAACAUUUAAACGUCAGUGCAAUCGAAGAAUAAACACCAUUGUACGAGGAAAAGUCAGAAAAAUAAAGAUUUAUUUUUUUUUA